UGAUGGCUUCUGCUUCCCUGUUCUUCCAGUUGCUCUUUGUUUGGCUGCUAAUGAUUUCCGCUACAGUAUCAGCAGCCAACCUUGAAGGGGAACUUUAUAGGGAUUUGAUGAAGGGCUACAACAAGAACAUUCGACCUGUGGAGAAGAAUGGUGACAUUACUCAGGUCUCCAUCAGGAUGACACUCACCAACCUCAUCUCACUAAAUGAGAAGGAAGAGGCCCUGACAACCAGCGUCUGGAUAGGAAUGUGGUGGUGUGACUACAGGCUGAGAUGGGACCAAGCACCCAGGUCAGCUCUGUAUGGAAAUAUCACAUCUGAUCUUCGUGUCCCCUCCAAGAGCAUCUGGCUGCCAGAUGUUGUACUGGAGAAUAAUGUGAACGGACAGUUUCAGGUAGCAUUUUUUUGCAACGCGCUGGUGUCUCCAAAUGGCUGUGUGUACUGGCUGCCUCCUGCCAUGUACCGAAGUGCUUGUACCAUCGCUGUCAGUUACUUUCCAUUUGACUGGCAGAACUGCACCAUGGUCUUCCGCUCCCAGACAUACAGCGCCAAUGAGAUCAAACUGGUUUUAAAAGAGGAGAACAACGAGACGAUAGAGUGGGUGAUUACUGAAGAACAGGCUUUCACUGAGAAUGGAGAGUGGGCCAUCAAAGUCAUGCCAGCCAAAAGGAUGAUCAACACUAAGUACACUAAAGAUGACCUGGAAUACCAGGAGAUAGUCUUCUUCUUCAUCAUCCAGAGAAAGCCCCUCUUCUACAUCAUCAACAUCAUCGCUCCCUGUGUGCUCUUCUCCUCCCUCUGCCUGCUUGUGUUCUUCUUACCUGCCAAAGCUGGUGGUCAGAAGUGCACCAUGUCUAUUGCCACUCUUCUGGGCCAGACUGUGUUCCUCUUUCUUAUUGCCAAGAAGGUUCCAGAGACUUCACUGGGGGUGCCUCUUAUUGCAAAGUAUCUGAUGUUUGUGAUGUCAGUGACCACCAUGGUAGUGAUGAACUCUGUGAUAGUCCUCAAUGUUUCCCUGAGAACCCCAAACACUCACAAAAUGACAAACAAAGUCCGAAGGAUCUUCUUAAACAUCCUGCCUCGACUGCUGAGGAUGCAGAUGCGACCCUGGACACCAAACAAUAUCAACACCUCAAAAAUUGGAAACAGCGAAACUCUGGCUAAAGACAGGAAUGGUGUGCACCUGGUUCCUUGUCGACGCCGCAGCUCCAUGACCCUCAUCACUAAGUCAGAGGAGUACAUAAUAAAAACAGCUCGGUCUGAGCUCAUGUUUGCCAGACUGAAAGAAAGAGAUGGAUUGAUUAAAUCAGUAUUAGAGAAGCUACAUGAUGGGUUGGAGGCGGGCACAGCUGAACAGCUGAGCAUCAGCCUGGCAAGGGCCUCUCCAGAGCUGAAGCAGUGUGUGGCCUCCUGUAAACACAUAGCUGAGACCGCAAGGCAACAGAACAACUUCCAGAAUUUGAAUGAAGAGUGGUUCCUGGUUGCCAGGGUCAUUGACAGGGUCUGCUUUAUUUUCAUGUCUUUGUUGUUUUUUAUUGGCACUAUUGGGAUCUUCCUGAUGGCCCAUUUCAACCAGCCUCCAUCCUUACCUUUCCUUGGAGAUCCAAAGAAGUAUGCCCCUUCAUCAAAUCAAUCUCUCUGAAGUAAGAGUGGGAUAGGAGCACAGUUCCAGGGAUGAACCAAGAAGGAAAUCAUCAGACUCCAUCCUUUUAAACAAAGUGGAAAUCUGACUGUGUCUGUCAGUGAUCUUUCACUGAAGACUGGGACACAGAGAAUGAAGACAAUACAGCUGUAUGCUUUUACUGCACCAGUGUCACCGGUGCCAAUGUGGAUGUGUGCGCUGUCACAGAGGUUAAGUCAAACGAGCCUGUUCAUGAUGAUAAAAGAGCCACUGCAUUUGUGUGGAUGCCACACUUGAUCCAUAAUAAUGCAAUCUGGUGUCAAAGAGCAAUUUUAGUAGCUGUUAUUGUUGCUACACAGUGUUUGCUGCAGGUUUACUCUUUGAGACAUGAGACACUGUACACAACUGAAGUCAUUUACUGUCAAAUCUUCUAAAUGAAUGAUUUUAAAAAUAUAAUUAUAAUCUUGUGAUCAGACAACUGACUAUCUCAAAAAUGUUUUUAUCCUACAUAAUGGCACCUUUUUCAAGGUAUGUUUUGGGGAAACUGACCCCCAACCCCCAAGAAACAGACCCCACUAUUCAGCCCCCCACCUCUGGAUUCAGGAUUUCAAUUACAUGGCUGAAUGGUGCCUUUCUAACAGAACAAAAGGCAGAUCCGGCUGGUUGGGAUGGAAACAGAGCUGGGGGACAGGAGUGAGAUCAAAAACACACACAC